AUGACCAAGGCCGACCCAGGGGCGGAUGGGGGAUCCGCCUCGCUGAACCACGGAUUGCCCAGCGGCCCUGUGGAAGCCCGCUCUCUGUCCGCGAUCACCGCAAUAGCCUCCAAUCCCCCGACCUAUCCUCGCAAUCCGACCCAGAAGAAACUCGAUCCCCUCGUGCUGUACAUUGUCCGAGUCCCUGGAAGUCGAGAUGUCUUCCUGUCUCCACUGAAGCCGCCGACCAAGGCCAGCGUCUCCGCUGAGGCCAUCAACUCCUCUCUCUAUUACCUGCAUGCCGCAACGCCCGACGAUGAGAUCCUGCUCCAGGAAUGCGAACAAGAGCGCGAGGAAGAAGCCCGACUGCGAAAGGAGAAGCUGGAGAACGACCCCGAUGUCCCACAGGAGUUUGCGCGAAUGAACAAAGUCCGCCGGAAACCGGUCCCUGGAGUCGCAGCGCCCGCAGGAGGCAAUACGAUACCCGACCCCAGCAUCCCCCCUCCGCUUCCUGUGCGUCCUCCGACCCUGAUGCAACCACAGGAGGACUGUCCUCCUCCGAUGCCGCCUCGGCCGUCCGCUCCCCAGCGAUCGUCAUGGAGCGGCGUACCCGCCGAACAGAAACCUCCUCUACGGCGACCCCUUCCCUCCGUACCUAAGGAUGAGCGAUCGUUCGCGAUACAAGAUGGCUCUAUGCAAAAGAGGCCCAACCGGUGGAGUGCGCUGUCAGGCUACAUCUCUGGCCGCGGUCUGGAGGGCCUGAGAGACAGGCAUGAGAUGCUCACGCCCGACCGCCACAGUUUCGACUCGCGGGAGCCUCCUCGGAUACGGCCGCACUCGUCUGGCGGCCGUCCAUCGUACAGCAGCAGUCGGUCACCCGCGCGAAGCCCCGGUCAGUCACCAACGAGGCGAUCGUACGAUACUCGACGCCCAGAGCAACCGGGAUUCCAUAUCACUCUCAUUCGUCGCGAUCCGACGCAUGGCGUGCAGUGGAAUGUUGCGACAAUGUCGACGCCGCGCAUGGAUGGUAGUGCCAUCGAUAUCGAUAUUGCCACCCCGGGAUACAGCCGGUUCAUCUCGAAGAACGAACCCCUAUCUCUUGCCGACUUGGGGGUGACUCUGUCGUCCAACGGACAGCCCAUCUCCCUCACAUCACUCAAACCCCCCGUCCCGACGGAACCAACAUCAGAGCCCUCCCACCCCCGACAAUUCAGUCGCAAACUCUGGGUAUCAAAACCCUACCAGCCAGACGAAGCCCGCUCCUCCCUCGACACGCCGGGGCGGGCUUCAAUCGACAGUCUCGGCGGAGGCAACAGCCCCCCAAAACACCCGCACGGCGUCAAGCUCAAAAGCGGCUACUACACCUUCACCUCGCCGUGGAACGGCAUCUGCACGUUCUCCACCAGCGUCAACGGCCGCAGCCUGAAAUGCAAACACAUGAUCCCCGUGCCCGGCUUCUCCAACAACCCCACCGGCGGCAGCAGCAGCCUCGAUAAUCCGGCCGUCACUGUCGCCGAAAUCCGCUUCAACACCCCCUUCCAAGCCGGCCACCUACACCACCAUCCCAAUCCCGCCCACGUCUCCCCCUUCACCCUCAGCCAGACCCCUUCCUUCCCCGUCCACGACCCCUACGCCUCCGCCGCGUCCCCAGACCACGCGCAGCCCGCGCGCACCUCAAAACGCGCCUCCUUCGCCCAACUCCUCAACCCGAACAUCUACGCCCGCCCCGGCUCCAGCGGUAGCGGCGGCGUCGUACCCCUGCCCAGCGGUACCAGCCGACACCGUCGCAACGUCUCCACUAGCAGCACUAGCAGCGCCGACCUCGAGGACCGCCUUGAUCUGUCGCUGGCGCGGGAACGCGCCGGCGGCGGCAUGCGCGGCAAGAGCGCCAAGCUGGGGAAGUUGAUCAUCGAGGAUGAGGGCAUCAAGAUGCUGGAUCUGGUGGUUGCGGCGUGCAUGGCCGUUUGGUGGCGCGGGUAUUACUACUAG